CUUGCUAGAGUCUGCUAUGAGCGAGCCACCUUCAGCCCAACGAUCCAAACCUUCAUCCUUUCUGCCAUCUGGCAUGGGGUUUACCCUGGAUAUUAUUUAACGUUUUUAACAGGAGUACUAAUGACAUUAGCAGCACGAGCUAUACGAAACAAUAUCAGACACUAUUUUGUUGAAUCUCCUGCUGUUAAACUAUGUUAUGAUAUUAUAACAUGGAUGGCAACUCAAGUAGCAAUAAGUUACACAGUCGUGCCAUUUGUACUGCUCUCUGUAAAACCCUCUUUCACCUUUUACAGCUCCUGCUAUUUCUGUCUUCAUAUUGCCAGCAUCCUGGUGUUGUUGGUAUUUCCAUUGAAAAGAACUCAAAAAGGAAGUAAAAAGCAUGCAAGCGUCCAGCUGGCGUGGUCCAAAAAACUAGAAGAAGAAAAUCUUUUGCAAAAGAACAGUUAUUCCACAACAAAUAAUAGUUUCAGUCAGAAGCAAGAAAUAACCUGCAGAUAUCAAGCAUUAAAACAGUGAUUGAGGAAAUACUAUGAUGAAUAUAUUUUGUAUGUUUUCAGAAACCCAUUUUUAGCACCUUUUAAAGGGGUUUGUAUUUGUUUGCAAAGAUGUUUAGUAAGAAAAGAAUGCAUUACCUAGGAAAAUCACAUACAAUAGCAAGACUGGAAACAAAACAAAUUAACCCCUCCCAUGCCAUGUCCCUGUGGGUCACGCCUUAUAUGAAGCUAUUACCAUUAUUUCAAUGGGCACUCAGGACUUGCAACGUAUGUCCAUAGGGUCAUAUGUGUGCCCUUUGCUGAAUGUACGUUGUGUAUCCCAAGGUACUGAUGGGGUGGAAUAAAAUUAUGUCAACCUAGGAUUAACAAAUGGAAAUUAAUUUUUCCAAAUGAAUGACUUGCCUUAAACCCUCUAUUUACUGAAAUAUUGUUUCUAAGUGGAUAUCUUCAAGUUUGAUUUUACGUGGAAAGCAUAUUUCAAAUACAUAAUACUAUAUGCUAUAAAGAAGAUAAAAACAGGAAAUGCAAAGGCUUUAGAAGGCUUUUGAAUCUUUAAAAGGGAAUUGCAAUAAGCAUCUCAGUAUUUGGAGGGUUUUCUUAAAGUAUCUCAAACUAUUACAGUACAUUACAGAACUGUAAACAAUACUGAUGCCAAAUUAUAGCUAGGUUUCUUUGAUAAAGAGUAUAAUUACACAUAGCCCUUCUGAAUGGAUUAAAAAAAAACCCAAACACCUGAAGGUUCACCUUUUCCAGGGCUUGGUAGCUCUAAUCUAGGUUUCUUUUACUUUAAAGUACCUAAAAACAAUAGAAUACUGCCACGUGGGCUUUGCAGCUAGAGAAGGAAAGGCAGCCAUAGGAUGCAGAAGACUAUGUGCAAGCACCAGGAUUUCAAUAAAAGUGCGUUUUUACCCUUAAAUACCAGAAAUACUUGUUCUAGAAUAGAACUGUUUUAC